UGGGGCAGGAUGCGUCUUGCAGCGGAACUGCUGAUCUAGUGCGCAUGCAGAAGACAAUGCUAAAUUAGCCUAUGCUGUUUACAUAGAAACAAAUGACAGGGAAUGUUUCAUAAAGAUUAAAUUACAAUUCAUGUUAUUAAUAUUUCUAGUUAUAAACAAUUGUAGUUGGCUGAAUUCAGAGACUCAGUCUAACCGGUAUUUAUCUGGCCUCUCCCGACAGUGUUGUUCUGUCGUGAAUGUCUGCCUCUCUUUCAGGCUGUACCACUCCAUAAAACAAGGGGGAUACAACUUGACAAAAUUUCUCUUGGACCUUGAGGAAACGAGACCCUUUCAAAAUAACUGUAUUGUUUUAGAUGUCAGACUAUGAUAGCUUCAUUACGGUGCAUGCUGUUGGCGUGAGCCAAUAUAUCAUUUCACGCGUAUACCUUUUAAAAUCAUCACGACUGCCUCUGCUUUCUACCUUGUGGGGAAGGAAGCGAAGCGGUCAGAGUACCAAACUCAAUGCGGGCGAGCGGUGAGCGAGGCAGCUAGGUAGUUAUACAAGCAGCCUGAGGGAGAGAUAUUUUAAAUGGCGGAGAAUAUACGAUCACUGUUUGAUUAUCGGGAACCUCCGACCCUGGAUAGCGACGGAGAAGGGAGCAAACCUCCGCCGCCGCGGGGGCGGGGCUGCGGGCGGAAGAGGAAGGGAACCCCGGUGAAAGUGUGUGACCGGGUGUAUGUCACAGAAGACGAGGAGGAGAGCCUCUCUGAACACAGCUACUGCGCCGGUGACGGACAGUAUCCGGAGGGGGAGGAUGAUCGCCUGCCUGCCCCGGACAGCCCCUACUACCUCAGCGACCCCGCUCAAUUGUGCGUCUCGGAGCUGGGCGAUGAAGGGGCCAGCGGCGCCAGGGCGGCCAUGUUGUACGCGCCCCCGGCCAACUGCCGCAUCCGAGAGGUGCACUGUGGGAGCCAGGUGCGACUCGUCGUCAUAGCGAUCAGAGACAUCGCCAAAGGGGAGGAGAUAACGGUGGACUACAGUCUGACGGAGUGGGGAGACAACCCAAUGGGUUUCCACAGCUCAGUGUCUCCAGGCGGGCUGGAAUGCAGCUCCGACCCCGAGAACAACAUCAAGAAGGAGGAUGAGUCCGGCCCCGUCCCCCUCUCUCUCUCCGUCUCGGACUACCUCACCCCGUCCUGGUCCCUCUCUCCGUCCUCCUCCCCGGUGUCCCACUCGGAGGCCAGCGACUCGGACCACGAGGAGGAGGAGGAGGAAGAGGAGCUGGAGGAGCUCCGGGGGCGGAUGCUGCGGCGGCGCAAGAAGAGGAAGGCGCCGUACGGCUCGUCCGCCAAGCGGAAGGGCGCGCCGCGGACGCCGAGCCGGCCGCUGUCCUUCUCCCGCUCGCCGCACCCCUCCCCCCCGGCCUGCCGCCCGUCCUUCGCCGCGCCCCCCCUGCCCCCCACCACCAACAUCAACAACAACAUCAACAUCAACAUCGGGCGGGGCCGGGGCGUGGCCACCCGCCGCCAGCAGUGCCUGUACUGCGGCCGCCACUUCCGCUCGCUCGCCCGCCACCUGGAGAAGCACCACGCCCAGCAGCCCGAGGUGCGGGCCGCCAUGGAGCGCGCCCAGACCUUCCCCAACCCGCCGCUCUCCCAGACGCACCCCGCCCACUCGAACCCCGCCCCCUCCCCCAACGGCGGGGUCUCCUUCUCCCUCUCCCUCUCGCCCCCCUCCCUCGCUCACGCCUCCUCCGCCGCCCCGCCCAAGAAGAGCCCCGCCCUCUCCACCCCGCCCAGGAAGAGCCCGUCCGCGCCGGCCCCGCCCAAAAGGGGCCGCAGGAUGAAGAAGGAGAAGGAGGAGGAGCAGGAGAAACGGGAGGCGGCUAAGGAGGAGGAGGAGGCCUCCCCCCACGGCUUCCUGGGAGGAGGGAAGGACAACGAGCCGGAACCGAACGGAGAGAAGGAUGAAGAGAGUGGAGAAGAGAAGAAAGGAGAGAUGUUGAGCUCCCGCAGGCCCCACAUGCUGCCGCUGCUCUCCUCGCUGUCCUCCCUGGUGGCGCACCUGCGCCGGCAGCAGCACUCGUCCUUCGUCACGCUGUCGCGCCAGCCGCAGGCGGCCGAGGCCUGGCGCCUGCUGUGCCACUCCAGCCUGGCGCUGCUCAUCCUCUACAACCGGCGGCGCGAGUGCGAGGUGUCCAAGCUCACCAUCCAGGAGUACCGCAGCCGCGUCACGCCCCCGCCGCUGCCCGCCCCCGGCUCCGCCCCCUCCCUCACCCCGCUGGAGGCCUCGCUGUCGCCCUUCGAGCGCCAGGUGCUGUGCCACCUGCCCCGGGCCGGGGUGCUGGGGAAGCGGGGCCGAGUGCAGCCCCUCAUCCUGCCCCCCCACAGCGAGCCCUGCCUGGAGCUGCUGCUGCAGACCCGGCCCGGCGUGGGGGUGGACCCGCAGAACCCCUACCUGUUCGCCCGGCCCUACCACUCCCCGGCCACGCCCCUGCGGGGGGCGGACCUCCUGCGCAGCCUGGCCCGGGCCAGCGGCACCAAGAACCCCCAGGCGCUGACCCAGACCCGCGUCCGGCGCCAGGUGGCCAUCCUCACCCAGCUGCUGCUGCUGGGCGAGGGGGAGGGCCAAGGGGCGGGCAGCGCCACCCAGCGCCUGGAGGACUUCCUGCAGAGGGAGUACCACGUGACCCAGAGCUGCGCCCGGAUUGGCCAGGACCCGGGGCUGAUGGGACGGGUGGGCCGGGUGGUGCUCUGCGGGGAACGGGACGGGGUCCUCUUCAGGGGCAUGAGCCUGCACCACAUCUGUCUGGAGCUGGACGUGAUGUCGGGGAACUCGGCGGACUCUCUGUCGGACGAUUCGGACGCGGAGCGGAGGAAGGUUCCGGAGAAAGGGGAGCCGGCGAAGAGGGCGGCGGGGAAGAGCCAGCCCCCUCGGAGGAGGAGAACCGCCGCGCCUCCCACCUCCGCCUCCUCCGUCAGCCCCUCCCCCGCCGCCUCCGCCCACAAGAGGAGAAGCGCCCAGCCCAAACCCGGUAAGCGCGGGGUUCUGAAGCGCCCGUGGUCGGAGGCGGAGCGGGCGGCGGUGGAGUUCCACCUGAGCAGGAACAUCGCGGAGCUGCGGGUGCCGGCCAAGGCGGACUGCGAGCGCUGCCUGCAGCUCUGCCCCCUGCUGGUCACCAACCGCCGCGACUGGCGGGCCAUCAAGUUCUACUGCCACAACCGCAUCCAGCUGCUCAAGAAGAGGGAGCGGAGGGAGGGCGGGGCGUCCGGGCUGGGCGCGUCCGUCUGCUGAAGGGGGGCGGGGCCGGGCUCUGGCCACGCCCACCAGGAAGUAAGAGGGCGGACAGUGACUCGCUCCUGUCUUCGUUAGGGGAGCGCUGAGACCUUUUUCACAGAGACCAAGCUGAGAGGGCGUGGCUGAGGCGAGGAAGUGGGGCUGAGGAGGUGCCUGCCGGUGCCUGAACUGCAUGGAUGGAAUGCGUGUGCAGCGGGGGCCACAAGGGGGCGCCAUCUUUCAGAACGGACCCUGGGGGAGCGGGGGCACAGUGGACAACGGUGGGAGAGGAGAGCUCGGAAGAGGGAUUGUUUCAUUAUGAGAGGAGAGGAGAGGAGAGAAGGCUGGAAUGUCCUAAAUAUCAUUCAGAUAGUUUGAAUUCCACAGCGCUUGUCCCUGUUCCAGAAGGCCCGCUGCCCACGUCUUCUUCAGCCUCUUGUUUAUUUGAACAACCGCUCCAGUCACGGCACAUUUUCCAUGACUCGCUCUAGCCUUACGGUAUGAAGUGCAUUUUGGUGUACAGGUCCACGGGACGGGCGUGCUUGUACCCCCCCCCGUUCCAUUAGGGUUUCCCACGAAAACGACCAAUAUUUAGACAGGAACAGGUGCGCACACGACGAGAUACUUGAAUUUAACAUUUCAUUUACUUUCGCUGAUCGCUUUACGAAAUUCGGUGGUCUUGUUAAGUUUUGCAGUCGGCGAAGGAGUGCUGUUUUUGUAAUGGUUAUCGAUAUCUUUUCCCAAAUGUGCUGUUGUGUACAAAAUGAUUUCUAAAUUAUUACUGUUUUUUGGCAUUGUGUUCAUGUCCAAUGCUCUGUAGUUGAAGACCUUAGUGAGCAGGGAUCCGUUGUGCUUGGGAUGUGAUAUUCUUAGUGUUCCCAUCUCUGGGGGGCUUGCGAACCCCAAUAUCGGAGUGGUCAAUGCAGGACCGUGAAACACAAGAGCAGACCGAAAUACAAGGCGACAUCGCCAAAUGCUCACACACUCCUGGCUAACGGUACGGGAAGAGCUAGUGCCCUGUCACAGGCUACUGGGUUCUAGGCCUGGGUAAAAUACCUAUUUGUUUCGGAUUCAAAUACUUUCCUACGCUUUACUGAUCUUGUCUGGUGUAUUGGAACCGAUUAAAUACUCUUUUAAAAAAAGUGCAAACCCCAUCUUCUGGUCAUAUUGGCAGGCUGAAUUACACCAGGCAAGAUCAAUAGAGCACAGAAAAGUAUUUGAAUCCAAAACAAAUAUGUGUGACCCAGAGUCUGCUGGAUUCCCUGUAAUGUUCUGGUAAUGGGAACAGCGGUGCAUGCAUUCAAACCAUAAAGACAACAGUGUACAGAAACUGAACUGUGUUCAGCUUGAAGAGUCAUAGGUUAAGAGUCAAAGCCGUUGCUGUUUAAGAUACGCAGGAAGUGUAGUGUAGUGAUUAAGACUGUGGAGUUCAGAGGGAUGUAUGUAUUAACUUUACGAGAAAGUUUGUUACCGUGUCCUAUGACAGGUGAUUUGCAACGGAUCACUUGUAAAUUAAAAUAUUUUUUAAGAAA